AUGAACAAGGAUGGCUGCCGCAAGCAAGCAUGGCGUUUCUUCAGUGUGCGACAACAGAAUACCAAGAUGAAGGACCAGCAUUCCGACCACGAGCCAGAGUCAAAAAGACGCAUCAAACUCACCACUUUGGUGUCCGCAGACGGUACCUCCAGUGUGGUACGCCUGCAGGCUGGCCACCAGGAGCUGCAGCUGCCCUCAUUUUUGGAAGUACCCCUCAACGCUACGGAAGUUGAGGUCGAGAAUGCACUGCUUCAGUGGGGAAUUGAUUGCACUGCCAUUCAAUUUGGUAAUCAUGAUCAAUUUCUAUGUUUCCAAAGUGGCUUUGCCUUUGACACGAAGAUGCAUCACUACAUGUUCACCAAUGAGGAUGAGGAGGACAAGGAAGGAUGCAUCCUGCACUCACAGCCCGAAGUCAUGUCGUACCUGGACAUCAUGAAGUUCCUGGAUGGGAUUGGCUAUGCUCGCGCAGUUGUAAUCAACGUCAAGGACAGGUUGCCUGGCAUUCAAUGCGUCACCUUUUGCAACAGUGUGCCACAGCCUCCCGUCAAAGACGUACGUGACAGACAACGUACACCUUGGCCGACCAGAACUGUUCGUCAGUGGCAAGAAGGACCCUUGUUCCGAAUACCUGCAGGAGAUCAGGAUCAAGGCCCACAUCAAGUUCACACUGGCUUUGACAACCAUGAUGUUCUUGAGUUCCUUGCAGCUGGCGACUCUUUCUUACAAACGGAUUUUUCUGGCCUUGAAUUACCAGACUAUAUCCAGGAGAGACUGCGGCCGUCGACACCGGGAUAUGUCUAUGACCGCUGGCUGAUCUUUACAGAUGGAUCAUCUCAGGCUGCCACGCGCAGAAUGGCGCCCCAGCAGGCGGAUGAUCUAGGACAACCAGACACAUGGGCACUCCUAGUACUUGGCGAGAUCUUCAACGAAGAUGGGACAUCUGUAGUCGAGGCUAUCGGCUGGUGCGCACAUCCGGUCCGCUACGACGCAGAUGGAGCUUGCUUCACCCACGCCAGGCGCAUAGGCGCAGAAGUAGCAGAGAGACAAGCCCUCAUUUGGGCCGGAAUGUGGAGACUCGCCCAGAAUAGCCUGACGCCCACCGUCUUUUGUUGCGACUCCUUAACGAGUGGCCAACAAGCGUUUGGACAGAUGGGCACGGCUCUUCCAGAUGACUCUUUUCGGCUUCUGCGAGGUAUCUUCCAAUGUCUUGAGCUUGGCCUCCCAACUGAUCAUCUGACACUACAUCAUGUAUAUUCGCACACAGGUGAUCCUUUCAACGAGUUCGUUGACACAGUCGCAAAGCUUGAGAUGACCAAAAGCUUCCAUCAUGCUUGGCCUCACCUUGACAUGAGGAAGUGGAAUCGCAUUCUCCCGCAUUUUUGGCUGAUCUUCGGUGAGACAAAUGGGCUCCCUCAAUGGAACAAUGGAGUGCUCCAGACUCCGACACCACACCUGCCUGGACCAAUGACAGAGAUGAGUGACACCGAAAAGCCAAUGAAGCCGCAGCAGUUACGAUGCACGCUCAGCCUUGUUUCUGCGAAUGUCCUGUCCAUUUCACGCAACCCUGCUGGCCAUGCUGGGAAACUACACUACUUGUAUGCCCAAAUGAAGACAUUUGGAAUCAACAUUCUUGGCAUACAAGAAGGACGUGCGGACGAAGGCAUGACUUCUGCACAAAAGGUGCUCCGUCUUAUGGCUGGACAUGAACGAGGGCAAGGAGGAGUUGAAAUUUGGGUGAAUUUGGAGCAACCAUAUGGACGCGAUCUAUCUGGCACCGAUUUCUACUUCAAGGAGCACCACUUUCAGGUUCUGCACAAAGAUUGCCGCCGGCUUUUGGUGAAUGUGCAGGCGGAAGGCCUACAAUGUUUCCUCUUUGCAGCUCACGCGCCGCAUAGUGGCCGCCCCCGUGAUGAAAGAGAAAAUUGGUGGGAUGGGACAGUCGAAUUACUCCUUCGCCACAAUGCGCAACACUCGUGUAUCUGGCUCAUCGACGCCAAUGCCGAACCGGGUGGUGCAGAUGGUGAGGCAGUACACUGCAAGGGAUUACGCACAUCGGCCAACACCAUUUUCAUGAGGACGGCACUACAGCGACUCAAUUUGUACAUCCCCUCAACGACAGACAUCCACGAGGGUCCGCGGGAGACAUGGACGGCACCGAAUGGUGAUGAUAGACAUUGCAUUGACUACAUCAUCUUACCUACACACUGGCGGCCUUCCUGUCGAUGCUCACGGGUGUUGGAGGAUUUUGACCUUGCGACCAGUCGAGACGACCACAAAGCUGUUAGUGUCGAGAUUGUCUGGCAAACUGAAGUUUUUCGAGCAGCUCGGCACAAGUCGCCGCCACAAAUUGAAUGGGCCUCCAUAGAGGUGCGCAACCAUGUUGCUUCUGCACUCAGAGAUGUGCAAUGUGUCCCAUGGAGGACAGAUGUCGCGAGUCAGGAGCAGAGUUUCAGUCGACAAAUUGCAAGGAUCCUACGCCCUCUCGGCCGUACUGUCAGCGCAGGCCCGAAGAAAUGUUAUAUUGAUGAGGAGAUCUGGCUACAGAGAAGGACAGUUCUUGGAUGCAGAAAGCAACUGAAACGUCUCAAGGAACGGCUCCGCAAGGAGGCAAUGUACAUUGUCUUCGAAGCAUGGAGAAGCAAAGAGACGCGCCCUGACUUCAUCGAGGCCUUCAACUACGGGACUACCUUGCGAUGUUGCUCUAUCAGAACAUUUUCGCUCUUCACAUUUCAUCGCAAGAGGCUCCGAAGUAUGCUUCAGAAAGCCAAGGCACAGCUUAUGCAUCAAAGACUACAACAGGUGACAGAACACACGGCAGCGUCUCAGAUUCUCCGACUCUUGCGAGAUUUCACAGGGCCAACCAAUCCUCGCAAGCAGAAACGUAAGACACUGCCAAUGGUUGAAGAUCAACACGGACACCUCUGCACUACGCCAUGGGCAGCAAGACAGGCUUGGAUUGCCUUUUUUGCAGAUAUGGAAGGAGGUCACAGACAAAGUUAUUCAGAGCUUCACACAGAUUGGGUACGUUCCCUGCAAGAGGAGGCACUGGAAUCUUUUGACAUUUCUGUCCAGCAGCUCCCGACGCUGACGGACCUUGAGCUUGCUUUCAGACGUGUCGCCUCUGGCAAAGCCACCGGACCCGAUGGAGUUCCAGGAGAAUUAUGCCAUUUUGGCCCUACACAGUGUGCCCGAGUGAACUUCUCGGCGUUGUGGAAGUUGAUACUACAUGGACAUGAGGCUCUACAGUACAAGGGUGGGCUUUUGGUCCAAGCAUACAAGGGCAGUGGGGAGCAGACUCAGUGCAGUUCCUUCAGAUCCCUAUUGAUUUCCAGUCACGUCGGCAAGGCACUUCAUCGCACCAUGAGGAGUUCACAGGCGGCCAUCUUUGAAAGCUUCCUUCAGAAGCAACAGUUGGGAGGUAGAAGGGCAAUGCCGGUGACCUACGGAGUUCAUUUGGUACGAGCGUUCUUGCGACAGGCAAAGUUUCAGGAUCGUUCCAGUGCGCUUAUCCUGCUCGACCUCAAGGAGGCUUUCUACAGAAUCCUGAGACCUCUUUGUAUGGGUGGCAGAAUCACAGACGAAGCGUUAGCUGCCUUGAUGAGUAGACUGCAUAUGCCAACGGAUGCAUUGCAGACACUACACAGACUCCUUCAGACACCCUGUGCACUUGCACAAGCUGGUAUGCCCCGGCGGGAACAACGGUGUGUCCGAGCGGUACACUCACAGACACAUUUCUGGAUGCAGCACCAGACUGAUGUUGUUCAGACUGUGCACGGGUCGCGCCCUGGAGACCCAUUCGCAGACAUCAUCUUUAGCUAUGUCUGGGCUAUGGUUCUUCAACAACUGGAGGAGUUUCUGACACAGCAGGACAUGAUCAGUCGCUUUGCAAGGAAAACCAACUUACCCAUCUUCUCCAAUGAAAAUGAGGGCGGCGAACCAAUCCCAUUCCUUGGACCAACGUGGAUGGAUGAUCUCGCAGUAUGUUUGGAAGGUGACAAUCCAGAACAGUUACUGCGCAAGGUUGGAGUCGCAACCGGACGGCUGCUUGAGCUUUGCACCGAACAUGCAAUGUCUCCCAACCUCAAAAAGAAUAAGACCGAGAUCCUCCUCUCACUUCAAGGACGUGAUUCUAGGCGCUACAAGAAGCGUCUUUAUGGACCACAUGCGACAGGAAGCCUGCCUGUCAUCAAUGAGUAUGGCACGUUUGAGGUGACUCUCACAACGCGCUACAGACACCUGGGAGGACUGGUUCAUCACAAGGCCGAUCAAAGAGAUGAAAUUCGAAGGCGCAUUGGGAUCGCUCAUGGUACGGUGACACAGUUUCGAAAAUUGAUUUUUCGCAACUGGCACCUGCCAUUAUCAAAGAGGACCCAAUUGCUGGAAUCACUCGUCUUGAGUAAGUUGCUGUACGGAGCAGAAACAUGGACCACGACGGAUGACAGGACAGACAAUCUUUUUCAUGCCGCAGUGAUCCGACUAUACCGUCGUUUGCUCCCUGUCACUCCUGAGCAACAUCUCACUGAUGAGGACAUAAUGUCCCGAUGCCAGCUGCCUAGCCCACGUGAACUACUCCGACGGGCCCGACUUCGCUAUGUUGCAACGCUUCUUCAUUGCGGAGCACAAACAGAAUGGGGCCUGAUUGAGCAAGAUCGGCAAUGGACCAGUUUAGUUGAGGAGGAUUUUGCAUGGAUGUGGACGCAACUCCGACACAGUUCACAUCUUCAAGAUCCCAACACUCACUGGCAACAAUGGCAGGAUCUGAUCAUCAAUCACAGGUCAUACUGGAGGAGAUUGACGAGAAGAGCGAUUGAGCACGCGGUUUUGCAGAGGAGCAAUAAGUGCCAUCUCACUCAUUUUCAUCAUCAAGCACUCUCCAUCUUCCGUGACCUAUACCAAUAUCAACCUCAUCGGCAAGUCGAGGAAGCACAACAUCUAGAUGUCCGAGGCUGCCUCAUUUGCCGCAAACGAUGUCGUAACAAGGCAGGGGAAGCCGCGCACAUGUUCAAGGUGCAUGGUAUGGCGGCGCCACGUAGGUCACUCACAGAUACACCCACGUGCCCGGCCUGCCUCAAGAACUAUCACACCAUGGAGAAGGUCAACGCCCACCUCUACUACUCCAACGCCUGCCGCCGUACACUACAGAGCAGGAACUAUGAAUGCCCCAUUGUCCCAGGAGCUGGAUCAGAAGCAGACCGUGACAGACAGAUUGCCCAUGAUCGCCUUCUACCACCACUCCAGACCGAGGGCCCUUUGCAGGAACCCCCCCGGCUCCGCAUCGACCAGGGGGUCGACAAUGACCUCCACAUGGCCAUUAUGGAAGCAUGCAUUGACGCGGAGUCUCCACAGACGGCUGUUGUUGAGAUCAAGAAGAUUGCGGACAUGCGGCCUUUUUCAUGGACUACAUGGACAAGCACUGUGCGCUACUUCUUUGAGAACGUGGAGACGGCGGACUUUGAGCACUGGGCGAUGGACUUCCAGAUGGUGAUUGAUGCCAUGCAGACGCUGCUCGAUCCAGAGCAUUGGGAUCUACAGGCGCCUUUUGUCAAGGUGCUUGGCGACCUUCGAGACCUGGAGAAUGAAUGCAGAGAUGUGGCAGUGACAGAAUGGCAGCGCCACGAGGACAUCCCUCGCUGCUUUGGAAAACACAGAGUGCUACUACAUCUCUUCUCGGGCAGAAGGCGUCCUGGUGACGUGCAAUUCUUUUUGGAUCACAUGGAGCCGCCUACAGACUACGUCCUCCACGUCGUCAGCAUGGAUAUCGUUGUUGACGCGCAAUGGGGUGACGCCUCCCAGGCGCACACCAGAGACUACUGGCUUACUGCGGCAUAUACAGGACACAUUGUCGGCUUCUUGGCAGGUCCGCCGUGUGAGACUUGGUCUAUUGCCCGCGGCAAGGCAAUCAAUGAGCACUGUCGACGCCGAGCACCUCGAGUUCUACGUACCGCAGAAUUUCUCUGGGGUCUCCCAAGCCUUGCCUUGAAGGAGCUUCAGCAGAUUCUGACAGGCAACUUCCUGCUCACGUUUUCAUUGUUGAUGGCGUGCGCAAUGGUGAAGACAGGAGGUUUAGGGGUACUGGAACACCCUGCGGAACCUGAGGAUGAAGAGCUCGCAGCAAUAUGGCGCCUACCCAUCAUGCAGGCACUCCUCUAUGCACCAGGAGUAUGUCGACAUCGACUUGCACAGGGCCUCUACGGGGCGCCAUCCACGAAGCCAACCGAUUUGCUUGUGAUCAACAUGCCGAAGCUUCCGGCAGCAUUUCGAGAAUGGCGCCUGAGAGCGGAUGCGCCGAAAGGGGCGUCAAUUGGCCUGACGGCCGAAGGAGUCUGGAAGACAGGCAUUCUAAAAGAAUACCCGCCUGCUAUGUGUAAAGCCUUAGCGACGGCAUUCCGCCGAGCCAUUGAUGAGCUCAGUGUUGACACGACCAUCGAGCCCCUGGUGGCUGCGCAGCGCCAGGGUGUUUGUGUCUCCGUAGAGGGGGCCAAUGGAGCUUGGCCCGUGGCCUGGACGGAGCAGUGGUGGAUUUUGGGCACUGCCAUGCGAUUGGGGAGUUGUUAUGCUUCUUUGGACAUGUCAGAAGAACUGGGAGAUGCCCUUGGCCGACUGGGUACCUGGGGAGUAUUUGUUGUUGGUGCCACAGUGGGCUCUGUCCCGAUGUCAGGUCUGUUGGCAGUGGCCUGGCAGCGUCGCAAAUUUGAGGCUCCAUUCGAGGAGAUUGCAGCUGAACGCAGGGAAAUGCCCAGGCACUACAAGAAUACCUAUGAGACGGCACAGGCCGAGACUGGGCAACGGCAGUGUGGCAACCAGUGGCCUAAAUCCAUGAGAUGCGCGAAGAAUACAGGAUGCCAGCGCGAUCUUCAAGAGAUUCAGUUGUCCAGAAGUGGCAGUCUGGCAGUGGGACGUCCCCUUCAGUUCCAUAUGCAGUUCAGCUCGGGUCUCUUGCAGGCCAUCAAGGGCAUGACCCUGAGCGCAGCAAAGCAGUACCUGCAGGAUGUUUGUGACAAGAAGAGGUGCAUCGUGUUCCGCAAGUACAGGGGUACCAUCGGUCUGAUCUUCAGUUGCGAUGAUAGCGUGGUUGCAGAUUUUGAGCUUUACCACGGCAAUGCUUUGAGUCGCACCCCUCAAGCCAAGGAGUUUAAGGCCACUCAGGGACGCUGGCCAGUGAAGUCAGCAAAGAUCGUCCUUGGUUUGUUGAGGAAUGCAGAGGCCAACGCUGAGUUCAAGAAUUUGGACACUGAGAAGCUGUUUGUGGAGCACGUGAACGCUGCUCAGCAGGGCCGCAGGAACUGCCCUUGCCACGUUGAGAUGAUCUUGUCCGAGAAGGAGGAGACCGUUGAGAAGGCUGCAGAGGAGGCACGUCCUGAGGGCUUGGAGCAGAGUCCACUGUUUGCAUUUCCGUUUGGUCUUCUGGUGUUGGCUUGGAACGCGGGAAAGGGUUCAAACCGGAGCGAAGCGGGUGGUCGGGCUGCAGGGUGCGAAGCCCAAGAAGUUCACUCGCAAGCAGUUCGCCAAGUUGCGCCUCAAGGUGCAGAGUCAUCCUGGAGUUGGCUCUCGUUUGUGAAAAUAUUUGUGAACUGCGUUCAACUCCGUGAAGAGAUGAUGGACAGGUCGGCGGUGACCAGUGAGCUCUUUCAUGAGGGAGUCCAAUCUACGCCUGCAAGGCUCAAGGUGUGGAUUUGCGAGUGUACCCUGGAUGCAGUGAACGAUGGGGAGCACUACAAGAAUACCUAUGAGACGGCACAGGCCAUCAAGGGCAUGACCCUGAGCGCAGCAAAGCAGUACCUGCAGGAUGUUUGUGACAAGAAGAGGUGCAUCGUGUUCCGCAAGUACAGGGGUACCAUCGGUCGCACCCCUCAAGCCAAGGAGUUUAAGGCCACUCAGGGACGCUGGCCAGUGAAGUCAGCAAAGAUCGUCCUUGGUUUGUUGAGGAAUGCAGAGGCCAACGCUGAGUUCAAGAAUUUGGACACUGAGAAGCUGUUUGUGGAGCACGUCCAGGUGAACGCUGCUCAGCAGGGCCGCAGGCGCACUUACCGUGCCCACGGCCGAAUUGGCCCAUACAUGAACUGCCCUUGCCACGUUGAGAUGAUCUUGUCCGAGAAGGAGGAGACCGUUGAGAAGGCUGCAGAGGAGGCACGUCCUGAGGGCUUGGAGCAGAGUCCACUGUUUGCAUUUCCGUUUGGUCUUCUGGUGUUGGCUUGGAACGCGGGAAAGGGUUCAAACCGGAGCGAAGCGGGUGGUCGGGCUGCAGGGUGCGAAGCCCAAGAAGUUCACUCGCAAGCAGUUCGCCAAGUUGCGCCUCAAGGUGCAGAGUCAUCCUGGAGUUGGCUCUCGUUUGUGAAAAUAUUUGUGAACUGCGUUCAACUCCGUGAAGAGAUGAUGGACAGGUCGGCGGUGACCAGUGAGCUCUUUCAUGAGGGAGUCCAAUCUACGCCUGCAAGGCUCAAGGUGUGGAUUUGCGAGUGUACCCUGGAUGCAGUGAACGAUGGGGAGCACUACAAGAAUACCUAUGAGACGGCACAGGCCAUCAAGGGCAUGACCCUGAGCGCAGCAAAGCAGUACCUGCAGGAUGUUUGUGACAAGAAGAGGUGCAUCGUGUUCCGCAAGUACAGGGGUACCAUCGGUCUGAUCUUCAGUUGCGAUGAUAGCGUGGUUGCAGAUUUUGAGCUUUACCACGGCAAUGCUUUGAGUCGCACCCCUCAAGCCAAGGAGUUUAAGGCCACUCAGGGACGCUGGCCAGUGAAGUCAGCAAAGAUCGUCCUUGGUUUGUUGAGGAAUGCAGAGGCCAACGCUGAGUUCAAGAAUUUGGACACUGAGAAGCUGUUUGUGGAGCACGUCCAGGUGAACGCUGCUCAGCAGGGCCGCAGGAACUGCCCUUGCCACGUUGAGAUGAUCUUGUCCGAGAAGGAGGAGACCGUUGAGAAGGCUGCAGAGGAGGCACGUCCUGAGGGCUUGGAGCAGAGUCCACUGUUUGCAUUUCCGUUUGGUCUUCUGGUGUUGGCUUGGAACGCGGGAAAGGGUUCAAACCGGAGCGAAGCGGGUGGUCGGGCUGCAGGGUGCGAAGCCCAAGAAGUUCACUCGCAAGCAGUUCGCCAAGUUGCGCCUCAAGGUGCAGAGUCAUCCUGGAGUUGGCUCUCGUUUGUGAAAAUAUUUGUGAACUGCGUUCAACUCCGUGAAGAGAUGAUGGACAGGUCGGCGGUGACCAGUGAGCUCUUUCAUGAGGGAUCGUUUGCGGCUGGAGAUGGUGCGGUCCAUACCGGUGCCGUGGCGCAUCGGGCAGCCAGCAUAGCACUGUGCGCACACUUCAAGAACACGCGCAGCGCAUCUGGGAAUGCCGUUCUCAUGCAACUCUUUCAUGAGCUUGAUGUUGACAAGAGCGGCAAGGCCUUCAGGUUUCAGACCAAUCGGCAUGAGGAGGGUAUUGAAAGAAAAUUUCAGCGCUGA